GAAAAGAAAAGAAAGAAUGAAACAAAAAUAAAGAAUGGAAGGAUAAGGAAGUUAUAAACUUCUAAAAGUCAAUUAGAAACUUACAACCUCCGGAAGACUCAGGCCGUUCCAUAGGCGCGAAUGGCUGCGGGAUGAGCUUCCCAACUGCAACAACAAGUGAUGUGAGAAUUGCUAUUUCUGGUGUAUAUAUGUAUUUCUAGUGCAAUGGCUUCCAAUGGUACCACACAGCAUACAUGUCCACUUCCGAUGAAAGCUACAUCGAAUGGAGUGUUCCAGGGGGAUAAUCCUCUUGAUUUUGCUCUCCCUCUUGCCAUUUUGCAGAUAUGCCUGGUGGUUGUAGUCACACGAGGCCUUGCUCUUCUGCUGAGGCCAUUAAGACAGCCACGUGUGAUUGCAGAGAUUAUUGGAGGAAUAUUACUUGGGCCCUCCGCGCUUGGACGAAACAAAAACUAUUUGCAGGCCAUUUUCCCACCCAAGAGCAUCACGUUGUUAGAUACAUUAGCAAACCUUGGUCUACUGUUCUUUUUAUUUCUCGUAGGCAUAGAAUUGGAUCCUAAAUCCCUACGUCGGACAGGGAAAAAAGCCCUUAGCAUUGCCAUAGCAGGAGUUAGCCUCCCAUUUAUCUUAGGAAUUGGUUCUUCAUUUGUCAUCCGAGAAACUAUAGCAAAAGGUGUAGGCGGGACUUCAUUUCUCAUAUUCAUGGGUGUAGCCCUUUCCAUAACUGCCUUCCCUGUCUUAGCUCGUAUAUUGGCAGAGCUGAAACUUUUAACCACCGAUGUCGGGCAAAUGGCCAUGUCAGCUGCAGCGGUCAAUGAUGUGGCUGCAUGGAUUCUACUUGCUCUUGCAAUUGCCCUAUCAGGAAAAAAUCUUUCCCCACUUGUCUCAGUUUGGGUCUUCUUGUGUGGCUGUGUUUUUGUUAUUUGUUCGAUUCUUAUUGUGCCUCCAAUCUUCAAAUGGAUGGCUCGGAGAUGCCACGAGGGUGAGCCAGUGGAAGAGAUGUACGUAUGUGCUACCUUAGCUGCUGUACUUGCAGCUGGGCUUAUUACUGAUGCCAUUGGAAUUCAUGCUAUGUUUGGUGCUUUUGUGAUUGGUGUUCUUGUCCCAAAGGAAGGGCCAUUUGCUGGUGCUCUUGUAGAAAAAGUUGAAGAUCUCGUAUCUGGUCUCUUUCUCCCUCUGUAUUUUGUCUCAAGUGGACUGAAAACAAAUGUAGCCACAAUCCAAGGGCUUCAGUCGUGUGGUGUCCUUGUUUUGGUCAUAUUUACAGCCUGUUUUGGGAAAAUUGUUGGCACGGUUGUAGUGUCUGCACUUUACAGAGUACCUUUUCGUGAAGCUCUUGCAUUGGGCUUCCUAAUGAACAGCAAGGGCUUGGUGGAACUUAUAGUCCUCAACAUCGGAAAGGAUAGAAAGGUAUUAAACGAUCAAACAUUCGCCAUCAUGGUUGUCAUGGCCCUCUUCACCACCUUCAUCACCACACCCCUAGUAAUGGCCGUGUAUAAGCCUGCAAAAAGGGCAAGUAAGGCUGAUUACAAGCAUAGAACAAUAGAGAGGAAAAAUCCGAAUACUCAGCUUCGAAUCCUGGCCUGUUUACGUAGUUCUAGAAACAUUCCAUCGGUGAUAAAUCUCGUCGAGGCCUCACGAGGAGUUGAGAAGCGUGAAGGUCUUUGCGUGUAUGCAUUGCACCUCAUGGAGCUCUCUGAAAGGUCAUCAGCCAUACUAAUGGCCCACAAGGCAAGAAAGAACAGACAACCGUUUUGGAAUAUGGGUCAGCAAUCAAAUUCAAACCAUGUUGUUGUGGCUUUUGAGGCUUUCCGGAGGCUGAGCCAGGUGUCAGUAAGGCCAAUGACAUCAAUCUCUUCACUGUCAGACAUGCACGAGGACAUUUGCACUACUGCUGAGAGGAAAAGAGCAGCUUUCAUAAUUUUACCAUUUCACAAGCACCAGAGAUUGGACGGCACGCUAGAGACUACACGAAUUGAAUUUCGGUAUGUUAAUAAGAGGGUACUCGAACACGCACCAUGCUCAGUUGGGAUCCUACUCGACCGUGGGCUUGGUGGAUCAAUCCAUGUAUCUGCAAGUAAUGUUGCUUACUUCAUCACAGUUCUCUUCUUCGGAGGCCGUGAUGAUCGUGAAGCCCUUGCUUAUGGGGCUCGAAUGGCUGAGCACCCUGGCAUAAGAUUAACAGUCAUUCGCUUCUCUGUGGAAACCGAGGGUGUAGGAGAGAUUGUAAGAGUUGAUGUGGAUGGCAAUUCUACCACGAAAUUGGGUUCAACAGAUGAAGAGUAUCUUAGCGAGUUCAAGGAAACAAUUUCAGAAGACAGCUCAAUCAAAUAUGAAGAGAAAAUUGUAAGAAAUGCUGUAGAAGCCACUGCCGUGGUCCGUGAGUUUAGUCGCUGCAGCCUCUUUUUGGUGGGUCGAUCACCUUUUACUGAAUUAGCUUUAGCAUUAAACCGGAACAAUAGUGAAUGCCCAGAGUUGGGACCUGUAGGAAGUUUGUUGACUUCACCUGAUUUUUCGAUAACGGCUUCAGUUUUGGUGGUGCAACAGUAUUAUAACGCAGCAUCUCCGAAUUUAACCUUAAAGAUUGCAGAAGAGUUGGGUGAUGGAAUUACAGGAUCCAGCUAACUGUCUUUUCUUAGUUUGAAUAAAUUUGUCUAUUUUUUAGUGCUGGCUAGACAUUUAAAUCUUUGGAUCUUGGCUUAAAAUGAUCUAUCUUUACCAUAUUGUUAUCAGUCAGAUUUCUGAAGUUUCAAAGUUCUUUUAAGUGAACUCUGGGAUGAACCUUGUGACUUUAAAAGUCCAAAUAAAGCAACAGUCAAUUCGAAAGGCUAUUAUUGUGAUA